CGUCCGCCGCCAGCCCUACCCGUUGUGCUCGAGCGAAAAACUUCUAUGACUACAAAAAUGAAGAAAACAAAACCUCACUACUUUUUUUCGGUGACAUAAGACAAAAGUAGUCAGGAACGAAUAAUGAUUCUCAGUCGUUCGUUAUACAUGAAUUGUGCAACAUUUAACGGUUGACCGUUUAAUAAUAAUAAAAAUCAACACUACUUGCAACAAAAAUGUCGCUCGUUGUAAAACUAAACCGUUUCAAGGUCCUGAAAUGCAAAUCUGAGAAAUAUGCGAGGUUGCAGUUCAGAGGCUCCACCAAACACUCCUCGGUUCUGGUGGACAACGAGGAAAUCAUCUUUGUAAAUGAGCGGUUCGAGUGGAGCGUGAGUGGCGCGGUGGGCGCGGGCGAGGUGCUGACGCUGCAGCUACUGGCGCGCGCGCGGUGGGGCGCGCCGCGGCUGCUCGGCGUGUACCGCCUGGGCCUGCAGAUCCUCGUAGCCGACGGCCAGCUCUCCAUCACCGACACGCUGGUCGACGAGCGCAACAAACCCGUGCCGGUGUUCGUGGAUAUGGACGUAUUCUAUUCGGCGCCUGUGGAGCCGACGGCGGGGCUCAGUGACGACGCCGUCAGCCGCACCAGCGACAUCGGCUCCAUGCGCGCGUCCGCGCACAGCUCCGCGCACGAUUCGCUGGCCGGCUCCGCGCACAGCUCUGCCAAUUCCGACGUAGACGAGGAAAACGCCUUGGGAGAUAUCCAGCGUCACAUAGACAUGUUGGAACGCUCUCUACAGAAGAAGGAAACCAUUCUCGAUAUAGACUCGGGCGACGAGUCUCGAGCCCGUAAGUUGAAGACUGUUGGCAAACGUAUACUCAGGCGGGGGUUCUCCAUGGGUUCAGAGAAGGUAGUGAGUAUAGCGGAGUGCGAUCGUAAAAGGCCAUCGACGUUCAAGAGCGUACGCAGCCUGAUGCGGCUGGGCGCGCGCGGCAGGGCGCGCGGCUCCGGCGCCUGCGCGGACGAGGAGCGCGGCCUGCUCGAGCCCGCGCCCGAGCCCGAGCGCCCGCCUAGCCAGACCUCCGUGUCCUCCGAUGAGCUCCUGGUCGACACGCGCUCGCCCACAGACACCCCAAAGCUCAAGAAAAUUCGCAGCGCUCUGGACACGGCGGGAGCGUCGGCGCUGAAGGCGGCCGACUUCCAGGUGUGCGUGACGGUGAUCGAGGCGCGGCAGCUGGCCGGGCUCAACAUGGACCCGGUGGUGUGCGUGCAGGUCGGCGACAGCCGCAAGUACACCAGCGUCAAGGAGAGCACAAACUGCCCUUAUUACAACGAGUAUUUCGUGUUUGAUUUCCACAUGCCUCCAAUAAUGCUGUUCGACAAGAUCAUUACGCUGUCGGUGCUGCAGUCGCGCAACAUCUUGCGCGCCAACAAGCUACUGGGCAGCUUCAAGCUGGACGUCGCGACUGUCUGGAGCCAGCCCGAUCGGCAGUUUUAUCACAAGUGGGCUCUGCUCACGGACCCGGACGACAUUGCUGCGGGCGCCAAGGGCUACCUAAAGUGCGACAUCAGCGUCAUCGGCAAAGGAGAUACCAUUAAAAUACCACCGAAAAGUGAAAAGGAUGAAGAUGAUAUCGAAGCAAACUUACUCCUACCCGACGGAGUCCCCAUAGAGCGUCAAAGAGCGAAAUUCAUUGUGAAGAUUUACAAAGCGGACGGGUUGCCAAAGAUGAACUACUCCAUCCUCGCGAACGUCAAGCGGGCCUUCACCGGCGAGACGCAGGAUUUGGUCGAUCCCUACGUGCAAGUGUGUUUUGCGGGAAUGACGGGCUGCACCUCAGUGAAAAAAAACUGUUACACUCCCGUGUGGAACGAGCAGAUCGUGUUCACGGAGAUGUUCCCGCCUCUGUGCCAGCGCAUAAAGGUCCAGCUGCGGGACAACGACCCAGUGCAUCCUAACAUUAUUGGCACGCACUUUAUUGACCUCAAGUCGAUAUCUAAUGACGGAGAGAAAGGAUUCUUACCAACUUUUGGGCCCGCAUACAUCCACCUGUACGGCUCGACGCGCGACUACAGCUUGCUGGACCAGCACGCCAGCCUUAACAUGGGCAUGGGAGAAGGGGUGUCCUACAGAGCCAGGAUUCUUGUAUCUAUUCGAACUGAAAUAACAGACAGUAUCGAAUGUCCCCCGGCCUCCGAUGUGGAGGUUGAGAUAAUGCCCCCGAUCAAUGAUGCCACGUUUGGCAAGAACGAAGAAUUCUUUCUCUUCGCCAGUGUUUUCGACGCAAACAUGAUCGACAAGCGACUAACAGACAAACCUAUCCAGUUUGAAUUAAGCAUAGGCAAUUCUGGCAAUUCCCUGGAUGGCCACAGCGAAUCAGUGAGACGUCCUCAAGAUUUGGAAUCCGAUGAACUAGAUGAAAUGAGUGCUGACACAGGCUACUGGCAAAGCACAACACCACCGACCAAGGCCUCAGCGUCGAACGAUAAGAAUUACUACUACCUCCCGUAUUGGGACCACAAACAGUGCAUGCAUGUACGCAGCAUAUGGCCUGAUCAUCGCCGACGCAUGUAUAAUUCCAACAUGAUAUGCAAUAUCGUUGAAAAGUUUGAAGAAGGGUUACUAGAAGCCCAGACCGCAAUAGAGAACGACGCCGGCGCUGACAGUAGAGGCGUGGCGGCGCUGAAAGCGGCGCUGGAGGCGGCGAGCGCGGCGUGCGCGCAGUACGCGCGCCACAUGACCAACGGCCCGCCCAUCGGUAACACCAAACUGGACCGCGAGAGACAAAAAAUGUGUCUUUUUGAAAUUGAGCAGAUGAGCACCAUGACGAGAAGUUUGAAAGCUUUGAUAACCAAACAUUCCAUCAAAGACCGAUUACGCACUGCACACACUUAUCUGAAUAAGAUAAAACGCUUAUGCGAAGACCCUCAACAAGCGAUGCCCGACAUAUUUAUCUGGAUGAUCAGUAAUGGGAAGCGCCUGGCGUAUCAACGAAUCCCAGCACGAGACAUAAUCUACUCUGAUUAUGAGAACGAGUGUGGCAAGCACUGUGGGAAAAAGCAGACUCUAUUCUUGAAGUGGCCCGGCAAAAAAGCUUCGUCUCCAAGCGGUUGGAUCAUACCUGCAAAGAUCAGUGUAUAUCUUUGGCUCGGUAUUCUUCAUGAUAAAAAACAUUACAUAAAUGGUCUUCCACAAGGCUAUGAGCUCAGUUCGGAAAUAAGAAACGCAGAUAAACUGCGAUCAAAUGCUCCUUCAGCAAUAUUCUACGCUGAGAAACACACUUUCCAGAUGCGGGCAUAUGUUUAUCAAGCAAGAUCUCUUAUUGGUUCCGACUCUUCCGGAUUGUCGGACCCUUUUGCAAAGGUAAUAAUAGGUGAAAGCACUGCGACGACCCAGGUGAUCGACGAGACGUUGAGCCCAACAUGGGACGAGUUGUUACUUUUUGAAGAUAUACUUCUUUAUAGCACUUUAGAACAAAUCAAAGCUGACCCGCCGACUAUAGUAAUUGAAAUAUUUGAUCAGGAUAAAGUAGGGAAAUCGGAAUUCAUUGGCCGAACUCUUGCCAAACCGCAUGUGAAGGCGUUUGAAGAUCCAUAUGAGAGACCACAGUUUCCACCCUCUUUAGAGUGGCAUGAAAUUAGUCGCGGGGACGAUAGGGCAGGGGAACUAUUGGCAACCUUUGAACUUUUAGAGGUUCCGGCUAAGUUAGAUUCCUCCGUGCUGCCUGAGCUGCCGACACCCAGAGAAGCCAACGGAAAAGCGCCUCUUGAUGCCAAUAAGGGCCCUAUUCUCCCAGUACCGAGAGGCAUUCGACCCACUCUUUCUAAAUAUCGUAUUGAAGUACUAUUUUGGGGUCUGCGUGAUUUGAAGAGAGUUCAUUUACUGGCAGUAGACAAACCACGAGUAGACAUUGAAUGCGCUGGAAAUAUUUUGUACUCAUCUGUGAUACAAAAUGCAAAACGAAAUCCAAACUUUACCAAUCCGGUCAAGUUUGUUGACGUAGAACUUCCCGACCAAGAUCUGUAUAGACCACCGUUAACUAUUCGUGUCGUCGACUGCCGAAGUUUUGGCAGAAUAACUCUCGUUGGUACACAUACAAUUAAUUCAAUACACAAAUAUAUUUACACCCCGAUGAGUAAAAGGGAAAGAGAAAUUGAAGAACGAAAAAAAUCUCUAAUACAAUUACAAAAUGUAGACUUGAGGGCAAAUUGUAUUGUUCAAGAUGAUAUGUUCACCGUAGAAAAUGAAAAAGAAAAUUGUCCUCUCCUCACUCGUGAAGGCAGGUCCACUGUAUCCUAUGGUUCAGGAGUGAGGCAAUCUACACGUAAGAGAGAUACUAAGCGCGAGACUAUGAAAAAAAGAAAAGCAAGUACUGAUUCAGUAUUAGAUGAUGACGAAGGGAGCAAAGAUUGGUGGACAAAAUAUUUCGCAUCUGUGGAAUCCAUGAUUGAAGAAGAGAAAGAAGCUAAGAAGGAAAGGCAAGGCUAUUUGCAAACUCCACAGGUAAUGUUCGUGGACGAGACUCGGUCGCCCCGGGAAGAGGUGCCUUCGCCGCGCUCGGAGCGAGAGCGUAACAAGCGCCUUCGGCCGGUCUCACCGCGUCCUAAACUCAGUCCCACAAUCUUGAAGAAAAAUGAAAUACCAACUUCUGCAUUGUCAAAGAUAUAUCCUCAUGAACUUGAAGCAGUCCCUGAAUUCGAUGAAUUUAAGGAAUGGCUUCAUUCGUUUGAGUUAUAUAGAGGAAAGAAGACUGGUGACGAUACAGAAGACGAAAACAGAGUAGUGGGUGUCUUUAAGGGUGCCAUCAAGGUAUACAAAUGGCCACUGCCGAAAGGAAUAGAUGAUCACACCGUAAUGGGGUUCGAUCCAAACUACGGAUUCUUCCAAGGCGUGCCCAGCAAUGACCCUAUACAUGUUCUAGUAAGAGUUUACAUUGUAAAGGCUACAGAUCUUCAUCCAAUGGAUUUAAAUGGGAAAGCCGAUCCGUACAUAGUUUUACAUCUAGGAUCAAAAAGAAUAAGUGACAAAGAAAAUUAUGUGUCAAAGCAGUUAAACCCCGUUUUUGGCAAAUGUUUCGAGAUCGAAGCGACCUUUCCUCAGGACUCUAUGCUAACCAUUCAGGUGCUAGACUGGGAUCUACUUGGAUCUGACGACCUAAUAGGAGAGACGAAGAUUGAUCUUGAAAAUCGAUUUUAUAGUCGUCACCGAGCUACUUGUGGGUUACCAAUGAAAUAUGAAGAGCAAGGUUACAACCGCUGGCGCGACGCAAUGAAACCUUCUCAGAUAUUAGCGAAGCUUUGCAAGGACGGAAAGCUUGAGCCGCCUGUGUACGAGUACGGGCGGGUGAAGGUCGGGCGCACGGUGUUCAAUAUGCCCAUGCACGACGUCGAGCUGUUCUCCAACCCUGACACCGUUGAGGAGCAGAUGGCGCUGCUAGUGCUGCGCCGCUGGCACGAGGUGCCGCGCGUCGGCGCGCGCCUAGUGCUCGAGCACGUCGAGACAAGGCCACUCUACAAUCCAAAUAAACCUGGCAUAGAGCAAGGCCGACUAGAAAUGUGGGUGGAUAUGUUUCCCAUGGAUAUGCCCCUACCAGGUCCGCCGAUGGACAUCUCCGCGCGAAAACCGAAGUCUUACGAGAUGCGCGUCAUCAUAUGGAACACGGAUGACGUGGUGCUGGAAGAUGACGCUUUCUUUACCGGAGAAAAAAUGUCGGAUAUUUAUGUCAAAGGGUGGGUGAAAGGCCCCGAUGACUGUCAAGCCACGGAUAUCCACUACCGAUCUCUUACUGGCGAAGGAAAUUUCAAUUGGCGUUUCAUAUAUCCCUUCGACUACUUGGAGGCCGAAGAGCGUAUCGUUAUCUCACGGAAAGAGUCAGUCUUCUCUUGGGAUGAAACGGAAUGCAAGAUUCCAGCGAGAUUAGAAUUACAAGUUUGGGACGCCGACCAUUUUUCGGCUGACGAUUUCUUGGGUGCGAUAACGCUGGACUUGAACAGAUUUCCUCGUGGAGCCAAGUCAUCGAAGUUAUGCACACUUGGCAUGCUAAGCAACGAUGGCACGGUACCGAUGGUCAAUAUUUUCAAACAAAAACGAGUGAAGGGUUGGUGGCCCUUCUAUAUCAAACGUGACACAGAAGAAAUGGAACUUACCGGUAAAGUAGAGGCUGAAAUACAUCUCCUUACUCGUGAAGAAGCCGACAAAGUUCCAGCUGGCGUCGGGCGCAAUGAGCCUGACCCUUUGGACAAACCAAACCGACCCGAUGCUUCAUUCAUGUGGUUUUUGAAUCCACUGAAAUCGAUCAGAUACAUCGUAUGGCACAACUACAAAUGGACGAUUUUGAAAGCGACCGUGAUACUUCUGGUGGCCAUGAUGUUCCUGCUGUUAAUCUACGCAGUACCAGGCUAUUCAGUCAAGAAAUUACUCGGUGCCUAACCAGUUUUUUGUAAUACAGAAUACACUAUGUAUAAAUAAGUAAAUAACAAACUUAAUUACUUAGCAAUGCAAAACUCAACAAGUUGGAAAAGGUGCAUUUUAAAUGUAAAGGUGCGUUUUACAAGUAUUAUUUUUAUCGGCGUGAUAAAGUUUUUUGGCGUGCGUGGAUGUUCCAACUAAGGACUGUUCAGUUUACUAAGCGGACACUCUUACACCUCUUUUAAUCGGCGAAUUUAAAAUCAAUUGACGUACAGCUCAUAACAAUAUAAUUAACAAUCCCUUAUUUAUCAAUUGCUACAUAUUUGUUCCCAUAAUAGUCAAAUAUUUUUCCCGAAGGACCGAACAAAUUUGGAACAUAGCAAAUUAGUUCUGCAAUAAGGAUGCACAGGCUAGUAUUCACUGCGAAAAAUCGUAAAUAUGUACAAAUUUUCCAAGUUAAACGUGAAUAAAAUUAUUAAAACAUUUGCAGGGCAUCAUAUGCUUGAAGAUUUUACAAAAUCCCGGCACAGAAGCGGCCCGGCCAAUCCAGAAACAAAAGUAUUGUCAUGCGGCUGUUAAAAUCAAUAAAUUACUUACCGGUUCGCGAAAUUCCUAAGACAGCAGGCGUUAGAGUAGGCACAGAUUAAAAAAUAAGAAGUAUGUACAAUAAAUGGACCCAUAGAAAGAAAAAAAUGGACAAAAGAAUUACAGAGCAGCGAAAGCAAUCGAAAAAAAGAAGCGUCAAACUGUACUACAUUUUACAUUAAGAUAAAUUUCGUAGCAUUUUAAUGGACAACGGAAAAUGCGUAAAAUGUUGCUGUAGUACGUUACCAAUGGCCCUGAUGCUACCAUGCCGUUGUAGAAGAUCAUAUAUUCGACGAGGAGAGUAACAUCAAAAUUGACCAAUUCAUGAAGAAAGUCCUUGUCUGGCAGGCAAUUGGUUCCUGUGGCCUUAAAAAGUUUGUUCUAUUUUGCGACAUGAACUUUGGUUGCGACAUUUACAGAAAAUAAUGCAUCUAAUAACGAGUACUUUCCGUCUAUCAGACGCAUAAUGUCACCUCUUCAUUUCGGCCUGAUUUGGCAAGUGCCCACUAUGCUGGUCAGAAAGUGAAGCUACUGAAUUUGAAAAACAUUGAUUUCGUUCAAAAACAAGUCAACUCAUCUAAUUGCCCGGAGCUCCACUCCAUCGAGUGGCACUAGACCAAUGUGAAGAUGCACUUAAAAAAGGGUAGAUGAGAAGCUAAAACAUUGAAAGAAUUCAAACGAAUGUUGUUUACAACUUGUCAAAAAGUGUCAAAAAUUUAUGUGCAGGCACUUGAACGGCGCAACCGUGUAAAAGUACGAAAAUCUUACCGAUGUUAUUAUAUUAUACUAUAUUUACAUUAAAUGUUUUGCGUUGGUUUCCGUUUUUAUUAUAUUUAUCUAAAUAAAGCGAUUCCAGAAUUAGAAAAAUGUAAUUUAUACUUUUUUGUGUGUCCGCUUAAUAAAAUGAACAGUCCUUAGCUCUCUCUGAGUUAUAGGGAUAGGGACCUAAUAAACUUAGUAAAGAUAAGUGUAUCGUAAUUUUUUGUCUUGAAAUUAUUAUCGUUAAUUACAUUUCACAUAUCUAUACUUAUAAACAAUAAUUAAUAUCUAAAUUCAAGUAAUG